GCAGGCACAACACAUUGAACCUCUGCCACCAUGGGGAACUGGGCUGUGAAUGAAGGGCUGUCCAUCUUUGUCAUCCUGAUGUGGCUGGGGAUGAAUGUCUUCCUCUUUGCCUGGUACUACCAUAUUUAUGAUGAUACACUAAAGUACUUUUACACUCGAAAACUUCUUGGGUCAGCGCUGGCCCUGGCCAGGGCCCCUGCAGCCUGCCUGAACUUCAACUGCAUGCUGAUUCUGUUGCCAGUCUGUCGGAAUCUGCUGUCUUUCCUCAGAGGCUCCAGUGCGUGCUGCUCAACAAGAAUUAGAAGACAACUGGAUAGGAACCUUACCUUUCAUAAAAUGGUAGCAUGGAUGAUAGCACUUCACACUGCAAUUCACACCAUUGCACAUCUAUUCAAUGUGGAGUGGUGUGUGAAUGCCCGAGUCAACCAAUCUGAUAGUUAUUCAAUAGCACUCUCUAACAUUGGAGACAAGGAGAAUGAAACCUAUCUCAAUUUUGCUCGAAAAAGAAUCAAGAACCCUGAAGGGGGCCUAUAUGUGGCUGUGACUCGGCUGGCAGGCAUCACUGGAAUUGUCAUCACGCUGUGUCUCAUAUUAAUUAUCACCUCUUCCACCAAAACUAUCCGGAGGUCUUACUUUGAAGUGUUUUGGUACACACACCAUCUCUUUGUGAUCUUCUUCAUUGGCCUUGCCAUCCAUGGAGCUGAAAAAAUUGUACGUGGGCAGACUGCAGAGAGUAUGGCAAAACACUCAAUAGAACUAUGUAAUCAAAGUAUCUCACAAUGGGGAAAAAUAGACCACUGUCCAGUACCAAAGUUCUCUGGGAAUCCUCCAAUGACUUGGAAAUGGAUAAUAGGCCCCAUGUUCCUGUAUCUCUGUGAGAGGUUGGUCCGGUUUUGGCGAUCUCAACAGAAGGUGGUCAUCACCAAGGUGGUCACUCACCCCUUCAAAACCAUUGAGCUACAGAUGAAGAAGAAAGGAUUCAAGAUGGAAGUGGGACAGUACAUUUUUGUCAAGUGCCCCAAGGUGUCUAAGCUGGAGUGGCACCCUUUCACAUUGACCUCUGCCCCUGAAGAAGACUUCUUUAGCAUCCAUAUCCGCAUCGUUGGAGACUGGACGGAGGGGCUAUUCAAUGCUUGUGGCUGUGAUAAGAAAGAGUUUCAAGAUGCCUGGAAACUGCCUAAGAUAGCGGUUGAUGGGCCCUUUGGCACGGCCAGUGAAGAUGUGUUCAGCUAUGAGGUGGUGAUGCUAGUGGGAGCAGGGAUUGGGGUCACACCCUUUGCAUCCAUUCUUAAGUCAGUCUGGUACAAAUAUUGCAACAAUGCCACCAACCUGAAGCUCAAGAAGAUCUACUUCUACUGGCUGUGCCGGGACACACAUGCCUUUGAGUGGUUUGCAGAUCUGCUGCAGCUUCUGGAGACCCAGAUGCAGGAGAGGAACAAUGCCGACUUCCUCAGCUACAACAUUUACCUCACUGGCUGGGAUGAGUCUCAGGCUAAUCACUUUGCUGUGCACCAUGAUGAAGAGAAAGAUGUAAUCACAGGCCUGAAACAGAAGACUUUGUAUGGACGGCCCAACUGGGAUAAUGAGUUCAAGACAAUUGCAAGUCAACACCCUAAUACCAGAAUAGGAGUUUUCCUCUGUGGACCUGAAGCCUUGGCCAAAACCCUCAAUAAACAAAGCAUCUCCAACUCUGAUUCUGGCCCUCGGGGAGUGCACUUCAUUUUCAACAAGGAAAACUUCUAAGUCAUCUCUUCCACGAAGAAAUAACUAUGGAUUGUGUUGCCAUAUGGUCAAAUAGUGCUAGUUGAUAAGUUCCCUCCUCUACAAACAAAAGAAAAAAGUAUAAUGUAAUUGUUUCUCUGAAAGGAUUGUCAAAGAUUGUUUGCUAGUGAUAUUACAUUUAUGUGGGGUUUUAUGGUUUUCAGAGCACUUGUACAAACAU